AUGGACGAAAUAACCCACCUUGCCAACGAAACCCCAUGUCCUAUCCGUUCUUUCCCAGGAGGGAAUCAACAACAGCUGCAGACUUCCUUCCCGCUAGUAGCUUCUGACAAUGACGAUGAUGACGAUGAAGACCUUGAUUACACCAGAGCUCUACCUGAUGAUUUCCAGCUUUUUCCAAAAAGAGCAACCAAAGUUCGAAAGUCUGGGCUGCACGAGCCCCCGAGACGGAUGACAGGGGUACAGAAGCAGGACCAAAACCAAAAUCAGAACGGACGACGUCAGACAGCGCUAGAAAAGUCCGAGAGAGCUCCAGAGAGAGUUAUCGAUCGAGCGCCAGAGAGAGCUCUCCCAGAAAAGGCACCAGAAAGACCCCUUCCUCAAAGAGUAUCUACAGAGAACAAUUUCCACAUUGAUGUCAUUCAAGCCUUGCAGCCGCCGCAGCAGCAGAUAAGAGGACAAGGAUUGCAUCAACAACCAAGAAGGAUAGGAACUGGAAUGGCAAAAAAGAUUGAAACCAAAAAUCGACGUAGGGUUAGUACAAUGCUUGCGGCGAUGAGAUCCCAGGUUCAAAAUGAGCAGGAAGUUCCGGUUGUUAGUCCAUCAGUUGUAUCAUCAGCAAGGUCUUGGCAGGAAAAUGAUAAGUCCAUGCUUGGUGAUAAGGCGAGGGGUUCCUCAAGUUCCCAGGCGAAGUCAAAUACCGAAGUUGCGCCGGUCGAGAAGGAGUCUUUGUAUGUACCUCCAAGACGAAUGCCGCUUCACGCUUCGUCGCGUGGUCUUCACCAACCGGGGGCUGAUGUUGCCCGUCGUGGGAAUUCGGGAGGGAAGGAAAACAUUCCUCCUGGAAAAUUUCCUGCUGCGUGGAGCUUUGAUAAGAACGCGGGGAGAACUUCUAGUGGGGGCGAAAAGGAAACCAAACAAGCAAAUAUCAAUACUAGUAUCGGAAACAUGAGACCGCCUGCUUCCAGGGGGCCACAACGAUUCGCACGGGAAUCCUUAAAACGGAGCAGCGAGUCAAUGAUACUGGAUGAUGAUGUUUCUUUCACAUCUAGCUCUACACCAUCCACAGCAGGGUCUGGAAACUCUUCGCAUACUAGAUCAGAUAAACUCCGACUUCUUAAGCGUCGGAGGCUUGGCAUGCAACUCCUACCAACACCGCCUUCUUUGACGAAAGAAGAGGAGGCCGAAUUGGCGCCAUUUUCACUCCCAAUGGAUAUUCUUCAACCCGGGGCCCCUUUCCAAAUCUUAGGUGGCAAACAGUCUAGGCAACGGCUAAAUCCAGUAUUACAAGAGGAUUUGCGUAGAGCUGAAAUGUAUGAGGAGUCGUGGCUUAUGGCACAAGAAUCUUCAGUUUCUCAACUCUUAAACUCUAUUCUAUCUGACUCUACUACUCCACCUCAUGAACUUACAGUACGGAAAGACUUUGUGCGAAUAUACUCAGAACCUCCAUUUCCGUUGCUUUUCAAGCGUCUACAGGCUAGUCUUCUUUAUGGGGCUCUAUCUGUGCCAAAAGAUAUCCUCGAAAAGAGUUCAGCAGCGAAAUUUGGAGGGGUGGGUAUCGGCCACAAAGGUCAAGGCUGGGGGUGGGCAGAAGACAUUGCCAUACGCAAAAAUUUCAUGGCCCUUUUCUUCGAUUGUUAUAGUCUAUCGGCUUUGAUCCCGGGGUUGGAAGUCGUAAUUGGAAGGGAGAUGUUUCCGGACCCAUACAAGAGCGCUACAGAAAAGAGAAAGCUCGCCGAGGUGUUCUUAGAACGGUAUCUUGUGAAAUGUGAAGAUGUGUUGGCAUGUCCGCCCGUUGAAACAGCUAGGGCGAGGGGUGCCAUGGCCAGUUCGCAUGGAGAUAACGAGGAUUGGGGGAGCCCAGCAUGGUUAUUAAGGAAAAGUUUGCUGAGGAGUUUGUUACUUGUGUUGUUGAUGGACAAAGGAAAAUCUCAAGGUGCGCUUGGAAGCUUAAAGUUAUUUAAAAAGUCGUCGCCGCAUAAAUCCUCGGUAUCAAUCCUCCAGUCCUUGUCAAGGCUGCUUCUGCCAUCGAUAGGAGAUAUUCUAAGACCAUUAAGUCACCUUAAUUACCUCCCUGAAACAUCGCAACACCCGUUAGAAGAGUAUGAGUACGAAAUAUCGAACCUGGCAGUAGAUAUGCGUGAUGGUGUACGUCUUUGUCGAAUUGUCGAGCUCUUAAUCUAUCCCCAGCCUCCACCAGACUCAGAAAAUGCACUAAAGAGUAUUCAUCAAUUACCCUUAUCUUCCAACUUGAAGCUCCCUGCGGCCACAAAAACCCACAAGUUACAUAAUGUUUUAUUAGCCCUAGCUGCCCUUGAAUCCGUCGGGGGGAACCCGCGCAAUGUUACAGCAAAAGAGAUCAUUGAUGGGUUCCGCGAGAAAACGGUUGGACUGUUAUGGGGAGUUGUUAGUAAAUGGGGGCUAGAGCUAUUAGUGGAUUGGGGGGAAGUGAAAAAAGAAACCAGAAGGCUCCAGUAUAGGUCAAAGCGUCUUUCGAGCGGUGAGGAUGAGGACAUGGAGGAACCGACUAACUACGCGCAGCUACUGUACAAAUGGGCAAGUUCUGUUGCGGAAUUACAUGGUUUAUGUGUUGAAAACCUUACGACAAGUUUUUCGGACGGGAAGGUGUUUGCCAAGAUUGUGGAAGAGUACGAGCAAUUUUUUCCAGUGAAUAUAAGGAGAGGGAAAAGCGCAACGUUGGAGGAGAAGCUGAAGGCACUUGGAUGCAGCUCGUACUUUGCUGGGUUGUUUGCCAAUUCAGAGAAAAACGAGAGAGUAUUUGACGAGGAUUUUAUUAUAGCUGGAUUAGCCUAUCUGUGCUCGAGACUGUUCCAAUGGUCAGUAAAGGAACGGGCGGCAGUGGCAAUCCAAAGGGCCUAUCGAUCUCAUGCUUUUCGCCAUACUUCUCAUAAACGGAUCGCCCUUCUCAUUCUCGCUCACGAGUGCGCUAUAGUUGCCAAUACACGAAGUAGGGUUACGAAUGCUGCAAUUAUCAUCCAACGGGCUUACCGACAAUACCUUCAUCUUCAGAUAAAGAGACUUAUUAAUGGCAUGACGAAAGUCCAGUCUAUUAUGCGUGGUGCUCUUACGCGUAUGGUAUUUAAAAAACAGAUAGCAGCAAUUGCCAUAUGCCAAAGAACAUGGAGAGAAAUAAGGGAAUCUAGAUUUCAGGAUAGGAUCGGUAUUGCCAAGGAGGCAAUGAUGAGUUUCCAGGCUGUCGCCAGAGGUUUGUUAUUGAGAAAAAAACUAGAGCAGCAAAGGAAUGCCUUAAGGACACUCGAAGAGUGGUGGUUAAACCAACUUGCUCAGCGGGAAAUUCGGACAGAAUAUCUGAUCUUGAGAAGUGCAACUAUUAUGAUUCAAAAAUGGUGGAGGAAUCAAGUUGCGGUCCAAAUCCCUCGUCGGGACUUCUACCAUACACGAAACGCAAUAGUCAAUGUUCAAACUAUUGCUAGGGGUUUACUGGUACGUCAAAGGUGCGAGAACAAAAUUCGAGCGGCAUGCGUUAUCCAGCAGCAAUUCAAGGCAUAUAGGGCGGGUCUCAUGGGCCGAUUAAAUUUUCUUGAGUUGAGAUGGGCGACACUCAAUGUUCAACGUCUUCGCCGAUCCUAUGUCAUAGCACGGCAGGAGAGGGAGCGGUUCAUAGCCUUGAAGACCCAAACAAUAAUUCUCCAACGUAAUUUCCGGAGAAUUAUUGAAAGGCGUGAUGCGACAAUUCUGAUUCAAAGAAGUUGGAGGAAGUUUGCCUGGCUGGUUAGAUUAAGGAAAAUAUUUAGAGAGGUGGUCAUGAUCCAAAGUGUGUGGAGGGGAUAUAAAGUGCGAGAGGCAUCAAAUGCAAGAGUGAGAAUUGCGCGGCGAAGGGUUCAAAAAGCUAUAUUAUCCCAGGUGGCGGAUAAUGACCGAUUGUGCGAAAGGGAAAAAAGGGGACUGGAGUUAGUCAAAUCACCUGCGGGCUAUGGAAGAGGUGUUAUGCAGUUGGAUAUCGUAACCAGAUAUUCAAGAGAAUGUGCAGUUAGAGUCGUCAAGAACGAAGUCGCUAUGGCGGCACUCCUCUCCAAUAUCGAAACAUCCCUUAAACAAGCACAAAAGUCCGUCACUGCUGCCACCCGGAACCUUACCCUUGCGGUCAAUAUAAUUCACAACAUUUCACAAUCAUCUUACGCAGUCGUAAUACUCGCAAAACCACCUCAGAGACCUGCGAAAAAAACAGUGGCUGGUCAUGCUACUAUUCCAAGAGAUGUUUUUACUAUAAUUCUAGAUGUCAUCGAUACUAUGAAGCUUGCGGCCGCGAAUACCCCACAGUUAGAAGUCCUCAACACUUCGAUUUGCGUCCUAAAGCGGGCUGUAGCAAACAGUAGUGUACGCCAAAGACUUUUAGCAAGGAAAAAGUGGGUAGAGAAACUUGGCAUAGUUAUGAAGGGGAUCAAAGCGGACGAGGAAAAAAGGGUUAAUACCAGAGGUGGGGGUGGGAGAAUGGAAUUGGUAAAAUCUUCUGCUCUUGAGCAGAUCAUAACCGCCCUGCAUAGCUGA